GGCGACCUGUGGCAAAGCGCUGCCAUACGGACCGCAACAGACGAGUAGAACACACCAGCACAUCGCAAAAUAGCCCCACAGCACGCCGCAGGAGCUUCGCCAAGCGCGAGCAUCCAUAGCUCGCGGACUGUCCCAAAAACGCCCUGAGACCGCCAAGGAGCGCGAACUCCCUGCGCGCGCAAAGAUGGCAAACAUGAUGGCCCCCGGCGGCUUCGCCACCACCAAGGUCUGCCGCCACGACGACUGCGCCGACGAGCGCUGUCGACGCAUGGAGGCGCACGACGCGCUGCUCGACCCGUGCUGUGCUAAAGAUCAAAAAGAACGGCGCCAGGCCUCGAAAUGGAUGGCCCAGCUGCGGGCGGCGGACCCGGCUCGGAAAGCUCUAGAUGCUCGUAGGGGCGCCGUCGACGUCGCGCCUUUGCCUGAAUAUGAACGGCCGCCGCGGCCCUUUCCCGCGGCGCCGUCAAAGAAGCAAGAAUCAUCAGAUGAUGAGGAGGACAGCGAUUCAGAUGCGGAGUUCCUCGACGAAUUAGAAAAUGACAAUGAGUUGAUGGAGAAGAUGCGUUCUGCGCGUAUCAGAGAAAACGAGUGCAUGCGCGAGACGACGUCGAGUGAACUGGCUAUUGCUUUGACGCGGGGUCCCGUGCUCGUGCAUGCGUUUGCGCCUUCUGAGAAUUUACAGCAUCUCGAUGGGGCUUUAGCUGUCGCCGCUCAAGAACGGGGCGUGCGGUUCCUGCGGACGAGGCGGGGCCAGGCUAUUGGGGAGAAGGAGUUAAUUGACGCUCGAUUAACACGGGAGAAGAUCAGCGACGGGAAAGGGGCCUUGCUAGCCUUCGUCGGCGGCGUUGUGACCGCGUGUGCGUUAGAUCUAAAUGAGUUCGCAGAUAAUGAUGCGGUGGCGCACGACCGCGUCGAGCGCUGGCUCGACAACGCGCGGUGCGCUUCGGGCGAAGCUGACGAUGAUGAGGUGGUGAGCGAGGCCGAGGAACCCGUGAUAGAGUACUACGACUGCGGCAAGCCGGGCUGCUGCAAGACGUUCGAGCACAAGCACGUGGGGCUCGAGAUGGGUGCCCCGCGCGAGUUCGACGUGGACCACGAGCGGGUCUAGUCUAGGGGUAUGUGUGCUAAGUGUGUUGAUGCACUUUCUGUGUGGGCGGGG